AUGGGCGUACCUGCACUACUGGUUGACUUCCCUCCAAAAUCAUCACCAGAGUACGCUGCCCGGGUGAGACAUCUUGGGCGGCAGUGGCCCGUCUUCUGGGCCGUGGGCCACGGUUUCUUCAAGCCCAUAAGUACACUAGGGCUCCUUGGAUACUCGUACACUUUAUGGGCGGCUCAAGGUCGUGGCGGUGGCUUUGGUGACUGGAGACUUUACGCACUCUCGGCGCUAUGCCAUUUAGUGACGAUGGUGCACUCUGCGGUCAACAUGCAGCCCCUCAACAACAAGCUCGACGGGCUGGCAAGCGCAAAAGCUAGCAAAAGCGACGUCGACCAAGCUGAGAGCUUCGCGCGCAGCUGGAUGCGCUGGAACACUGUUCGCAUUGCCAUGCCAUUGAUAGCUGGCACAAGCGCACUCUGGCAGCUCGUGGCGUCGCAUUGA